AUGUCCUCGUCUUGGACGAAGGACACCCUGGAUGGGAAGUCCGAUAUCCAGGGAUUCUCUCACCAUGCAGAGGACAUCCUGAAUGAUAGGGAACCCUAUGGUCCUCCAGGCCUUGCGGGUCUAGUUGCCAACCCAUUCGUCUUGAUGUGUGCUGCUUGUUCGACCCUCGGAGGUCUGCUGUUCGGUUACGAUCAGGGCGUCGUGUCAGUCAUCCUAGUCAUGGACCAAUUCCUGGAGCGAUUCCCUGAAGUGUCCCCUGACUCAUCGGGUUCGGGUUUCUGGAAGGGUUUGAUGACAGCAAUGAUCGAGUUAGGUGCCUUGUUGGGAGCUCUAAACCAGGGUUGGAUUGCGGAUAAGAUCUCAAGACGUUACUCUAUCAUCGUUGCGGUCAUUAUUUUUACCAUUGGCUCCGCGCUCCAAACCGGUGCAGUUGACUACGCGAUGUUGACAGUGGCGCGGUUGAUCGGAGGUGUGGGUAUUGGUAUGCUGUCGAUGGUUGCCCCAUUGUAUAUUUCUGAAAUCAGUCCUCCCGAGUGUCGAGGUACUCUCUUGGUGCUGGAAGAAUUCUGUAUUGUCCUCGGAAUCGUGAUCGCUUAUUGGAUCACCUACGGUACCAGAUUCAUGGCUGGAGAGUGGUCCUGGAGACUUCCCUUCCUGCUGCAAAUGGUUCCUGGCUUUGUUCUCAUUGGAGGUGUCAUGAUUCUCCCAUUCUCCCCCAGAUGGCUAGCUUCUAAGGACCGGUAUGAGGAAGCGCUCCAGAGUCUCGCGAAAUUGAGGCGGCUGCCUACUACCGAUAAGCGUGUACGUCAGGAAUUCCUGGACAUCCAGGCAGAAGUUCGCUUCCACCAAGAAAUGAAUGCCGAAAAGCACCCUAAUCUCCAGGGGGGUGGACUCAAGGACGCUUUCCUUCUCGAGAUGGCCUCCUGGGCGGAUUGUUUCAAGCCCGGUUGCUGGAAGAGAACUCAUAUCGGUGUUGGACUCAUGUUUUUCCAACAGUUUGUCGGCAUCAAUGCGUUGAUCUACUACUCUCCCACUCUAUUCGAGACCAUGGGCUUAGACUACGACAUGCAGCUUUUAAUGUCCGGAAUCCUCAACGUCACACAAUUAGUUGGCGUUAUCACCACCAUUUGGACCAUGGACACCUUGGGUCGACGAUCCCUACUGCUCUCUGGUGCAUUGUUGAUGACAAUCAGCCAUGUGAUCAUCGCAGUCCUCGUCGGUCUAUACUGGGACAACUGGCCCGCACACCGGUCGCAGGGUUGGGCUUGCGUCGCUUUGCUGUUGGUGUAUAUGAUUGCGUUCGGCGCCAGCUGGGGUCCAGUAGGCUGGGCUAUGCCUUCUGAGGUAUUCCCAUCAUCCCUCCGUGCCAAGGGUGUUGCGCUCUCGACAUGCUCCAACUGGCUCAACAACUUCAUUAUUGGUCUUAUCACUCCACCCCUAGUGCAAAACACAGGAUUCGGCGCCUACACAUUCUUCGCAGUAUUUUGUCUCCUCGCAUUCGUCUGGACGUUCUUCUUCGUCCCUGAAACCAAGGGACGGACACUCGAGCAGAUGGACCAUGUGUUUAAGGAUAAUUCAAGCGAAGCUGAAGAGGCUCGCCGUCAUGCUAUCGAGGUGGAGCUGCUUCGAGCUGAGGCGGAGAGAUACGCAAUGGAAGCUUGA